UGUCCCAUUGAAAUCGUGACACAUACACGUACUUUUGAAUUGUGCAGUAUUAUUGUGAUUUUUUGAGUGAUUUAUUGAAAAUUUAUUGAUUUAGUGUAUUCAGGUGACAGAUAAGGGUGUUCCUGUGAGCUUCAGAGUUGUUCUGAGGUGAUAUGUUUCAAUUUAUUGCUUUUGAAUAUUAAUUAUAAACAACUCAAUUUCAUUUUUUGCUCGUAAGUGGAACGUAAAUAAUAUCCAUCUGUACCCAGUCAUCUGCGUUUUCUGAUAAGCAUAUCGAGGCCCGGUUAUUAAGGGAGAACAUACACGUUAAUGUUUUUCCAUUUUCUAGCUGAACAUAAAUUCGAUUGAUGUAAAUAUUUUUGUAUUAUAACUUCCUUUGUUAUUUUCCUUUGUGGGGUUACCUUGCUUUUUCCUAGGCCUACCUGUGUUUGUCUGAUCGAAGUCUUUCUGGUCGGCCUCAGAAAGUGAAAAGUGUUUUUUCCCUGUGUAUUUAUAUCCGAACAUCAGCGAAUUUACUCAAAAUGCCUGUUUCAUGUCCAACUUGCUUCAAAAACGUGGGAACUAAAGAAAAUAAACUUGUGUGCUCUACUUGUAAUAGAACUUAUCAUGGAAAUUGUGUCAACCUGAAGGACAUAGAAUACAAGUCGGAGUCGGGGGAAGGGUUUUCUUGCCCCUCGUGUCGGAAUACGGUGAGAAAGUUGCGUAGCUACUCUUGUAAUUGUGGUGGCGUUUCUGCUGCUGAAAAAGCUAGUAUGUCGGAUCCCUUGGCGUUGAUAAUUAAAAAACUUUCAAAGCUUGAUAAAAUCGCGGAAGACAUCGAAUUAAUAAAAAAUACUCAAACUGACCUAUGUGAACAGAUAAAGAAAUGUUCCGAACAGGUCGAGAGAAAUUCCAGUUUACUGCGUGAGCAUGAUUCCGCUAUUUCCGAGUGUCAGCGGAGUAUAACAGAUUUGCACACAACUAACAAUUCUGUUUUGAGUGAAAUCUCAUCCUUGAAGUCAAAGAUUGGAGAAAUUGGCAAUAUGGUUGUCACUGCGAAAAACUCUGUGAGUGGUGUUGCUUCAGGUAGUUCUGAUGCUGUUAGUUCGAGAGAAAUCUUGGAAAGGCUCAAGAGAUCCUACAAUAUCAUAAUUAAGAACAUCCCUGAGGGCAAUGAUGCUGAUGACGUCGAGGUGGUUAAAGGAAUCUUGAAUUCUAUCGAUAAUUCCGCAUGUGAUACUGUUGUUUCAGUUACCAGGAUCGGUAGAGCUAGUAAUAAUCGUCGACCAGUUAAGGUAUGCUUCAGCAAUUUUCAUACACCCCUCAAAGUGCUGAAAAGUAGAAGAUUGAUCUUAGAUAAUCCUGCCCUGAAGAAUUACCAUAUUUCUGAUGAUAAAUCACGCGAGCAAGUUGAAAAACUCAACCGAACUCGUGAAGAACUCAAAAAUAGGUUGGAUAAAGGUGAAAAGCAUAUCACAAUUAAAUAUAUAAAUGGCGAACCCUCCAUCGUUUCUUCUCUUGGUGUUUCUUCAUCUGGGAGCUUGUAGCUCUCUUCGAGGAAUGGACAAUCUUGUACACGAACCUGGCUU